AUCGCGGCGCGACGACCGGAAGUGAGCUGCCAGCUCCGGUGUGUGGCCGCUCCGCGACCCGCAGUCCCGCAUUCGGCUGCGAUGGAUGGCGCCUGCGAGUCGCCCGCGGAAAAAGGCGGGGAGACAGAGGGGUCCGACGAGGCGGCCGCGGCCCCCGCGGGCCCUGGGACCACCGACGCGGACGGACACCCGGAGGAAGCGGACGCGGACGGAGACGGGGAUUUGAAAGAAGCCGCGACAGAGGAAGGCGAGCUCAAGAGUCAGGACAUCUCAGAUUUAACAGCAGUUGAAAGGGAAGACUCAUCAUUACUCACUCCUGCAGCCAAAAAACUGAAAAUAGACACCAAAGAAAAGAAAGAGAAGAAGCAGAAAGUGGAUGAAGAUGAGAUUCAAAAGAUGCAGAUCCUGGUUUCUUCUUUUUCUGAGGAGCAGCUGAACCGUUAUGAAAUGUACCGCCGUUCAGCUUUCCCUAAGGCGGCCAUUAAAAGGCUUAUCCAGUCCAUCACUGGCACCUCCGUGUCUCAGAAUGUGGUUAUUGCUAUGUCGGGUAUUUCCAAGGUUUUCGUCGGGGAAGUGGUAGAAGAAGCACUGGAUGUGUGUGAGAAGUGGGGAGAAAUGCCACCACUACAACCCAAACAUAUGAGGGAGGCUGUUCGGAGGUUAAAGUCGAAGGGACAAAUACCCAACUCGAAGCACAAAAAAAUCAUCUUCUUCUAAGACCGAAGCCGAGAAAGGCCUGGCACUGGUGUUGGGUCCAGACUUGGGAUUGCAGGCUGUGCACUGGUGCUCCGGGAUCUGCCCAUGUCUCAAUGUCUUUCUCAACACUGUUCAUCACACCUGGAAAGCAUGCGGCCUGUGUCAUACAUGCCUUGACUAAAUAUUGGGACCUUUGGGCAUUUUGCGGCAUUUAAUUGUCUGGCUAGUUGGAAGCAGAAAGGCACAUGGGCAUGGCUUCCCUGGACAGGAGCUGCUUUCAGAGAGAAAACCUUUCCAAGAGAACUUUGAUGGUUACGCACUGGAGCCUGGAGUUGCUGUCUUAGGUUUUCUUACCUCUGAUUUUAAGUAGAUGAAACAGCCAGGAACUUCUGACUUAGUGCUACUCCAAAUGAAUAACGUUGUGAUGCAGGAGUAGUGGAAUAGUUUCUCCCUGUAAACAUUAAAGAAUCUCCGAUGGAUUUUGGUGAGUGAUCAUUAAACUGUUUUCCAACUUGU